AUCUAAAUAUAUAUACCUUUGCAAGAUACCCACAAUAUGAUCUAUUUGCUUAUGCUUAUUUUAUAUCCAUAUUAUAUUCUUAUUCACUAUUAUAAACGUAUUUGUUAGUUGCUUCAUGUGCAACCAUGUUGACCUAGAUAAAACUUCCGGGUUCUGACUCACGCGUGUGACGCACCUACGCGUCACGAACAUCACGCCACAUGCGAAGAUGCGACGUUUCAUGGUGAACCCACUUUCUGACAAGAGUCAGACAAGUAUCAGCUUGCAAGACGUUCAGUCGCCUUUAGCUUGAAUUGUCACUCUUAAACAGUAGACUUUUAUCUUGAUGUGUUAGCUUAUUCAUUUUAAUCCAUUAGUUAUUCCUCCAACUUAUUUUGUUCUUCUUUCCUCUCCGAGCGUCGUGUGUAUUCGAAUUAUCUUCUCAACACGUACUCCAAAUACUAUACGUGUCGGCAAGUAGUAUUGUUUCCCGUUUUCUCCUAUUAUCCCCUCACGCUUGUACGCCCGCGCUACCACGGUAAGAUCAAAUUACUUUGUCUCGAAUCUCACGCUCAGUUUCCCAAUGGGACUCACGUCCAUGUAUCCUUACUCGUUUUGUAAACCUUUGGCCUCAGCUUAGUAAUACAUAAUCAUCAUUGUGGGUAAAUACGCCUCUGAGUUUAUUUACACAACAAAUUGUCUUAAUUCGUAAAGCCAUUCACCCGAGAGGGAGAAUGCCUUACAUAAUGGUGGCAGCGAUUUUUCGAACUCAACCACAAUGAUUGACGAUGUUAUUACUGGCGGCCCUAAACUUUUGCGUUCUCCUAUAAACACUCCCAUUUUCCCCAAAACCACUGCUAUCCCAGAUCAAUUUCAAGGAGGUAAAGCGUCAGAGAAAACAAUUGAGGCUGUUAAAAAAUCUGCAUCACCCAUUUUUAAACCCAAAGUAAAACAAGAUGACACUCAGUUAAAGAAACUUAGAACGAAUGUGGCGUAUGUGGCUGUCCCAGGGUUAGAUAACAUUAACUCUAGAAAACCCCGUGCUAAGAAUAUUACUAAGGUAACAUCCGUGUCCCAAUCAACUUCCCUUUUAGCUAAGUUUACAUCAAAAUUGUCACCCGUUAAUCCUACUCCCAAAUCUACGUCAAAAACCAGUUUUCUCUCGAGCACAAUUUUAAGUUUUUUCAAGAGAAAGAACACAACUAAUGGAAAAACAGUUGACACUGAGUCUUCACCACCUAUACCACGAGAUCACGACGAAUCAGGAGAAGGUUUUCCAGAUUCAGACGAGCAGGUUGCCAUCCCUAAUACUAGCCAUCAGGAGCCUGAAGGAGAGAGAAGCGGAUUUCCAGUCGAACGACCCGAAGAUCCGGACCCAACUAAUCUGGUUGCUAAAGGACAUCCAAUUGACAGAUCUUUAUCCGAACAACCCGCAGAUAACGGAGUGGAAGAAACCAACGUCUCUUCUGAAAUAUUUGACGGCGAUUCUAGAGGUGAACCUCAGCAUACGGGCGAAGAAGACGAAGAAAACGGAACAGCAGGCGUCCGAGCUAACGGCAAUUUUCACGACAUAUGCGAGGCAGUUUCUGACCUUCCUCUUCGGACAGAAUUACAACAUCACCGACUUAACGAAACUCACUCAAACGAAAAACAAGAUCGUUUGUACUAUAUUUCCGAAUCUGCGGAUCACGGGAAGCGACGUAAGACAACCCACCUCCCACCUAAUUCUGGAACUGAAAGAGUUCUCCUUCCAUUUGGAACGUCUACUACUAACCCACCAACAAACAUUUCUGGCGGAAAUUCACAACCUUUUCCUAUACCUAAAAAACCUUCAGUUACUUACGCUAUUGGAACCACUGACCCCGGAGAUAAAAUCACUUCUGACAAAACUGGACAACUUCCCAGCAGUCAUCAGACCACACAACGUGCAGUUGACGGAGAACAUCAAACAAACGCUAAUCCAAACCAAAACAAACUUGAGACAGUUGUUACCAUUGAAUACCACAAGCCAACCGAACCAAGCACUACAGCAGUCGAGACCCAGACGACGUCUGAGGCCAUCACCAAACAGAGACUAACGUCACAUCCAGCAAUAACUCAAUCGGUACCAAAAUCGACGACACCCUUCCUUGGAACAGAAGUCGUAUCAGCUACAAACAAUUUUAGGGAAUCUGGAACAAUUCCAGUUAGCAUUCCAGAACUCGUUCAGAAUCCGCAAAAGAGAAGCUUAACCUCACAAUUUCCCAAUCCAAAUAGCAAAAUGGCAUACUCUCUUUCCCACACUAGAGCAGCUACUGUUAAAGAUCUGGAUGAUUUCCAAAACAAUCAACAUACCUUCUCUCGUUUGCAAUUACUUCCUUCUUUUUCUGGAAGCCCAAUUACCCGUUUUGACUCUUGGCUGGAAUCUUUUGAAAGUAUAGUAGAUGGAUCUGGAUGGUCAAAUGAAAAAAUAAUUCAGAUGUUACGUGCAAAAUUUACUGAUCGAGCAUUUUCGGUUAUCCAAGCCAUUUUAAAAGAAAAUCCAGACUAUGCUUCCAUUAAGGAAUCCUUGCUUGAUCACUUUCAUGGUGAUGAAAAUGCUGAUUUAUAUCUUAAAAAGUUUAAUAAAGCAAAACGUAAGCCAGGAGAGAAAAUUGUAGAUUAUGCCCAUCGUUUACAGGAAAUUUUUAAACGUGCGUAUCCCAUGGGCUAUGGCGAAAAGUCGUUUACGGUUAUUUUGAUACAAAAAUUCAUUGAGGGAUUGGAUUCUAAAUUACAGUCGAAAGUAAAAUAUAAAGAAUUUAAAGAUUUCAAUGAACUUGUAGCAUCAACUCGCGUUUAUGCCCUUCGAUUAGAAGCAUUAGAAACCGACCGCGAUAAGAACGAGUUUAUUAGGAAAAUAGACGGGUCUUACGAAUCUAAAGAUGCUGAAUUAAAAGAAAUUAAACAAAUCAUAAUUGAUCAGAAAGAACUUAUGACUAAUGCAGUAGCCAACAUUCGUCUCGGAAAUCGGCAAGUGGAAGAACCCAAAAACAAAAGCGAUGAGAUUAAAAAUGUUCUUCAUGAAUUAACACAGGCCGUGAAAAAACUGCAAUUUGAUGCAAAAGAUGGCGUUUCGUACACACCCAACACACCAUUUCGUAAACAGGUUUCUUUCCAAACCCCCACUUUUAAUCGUGAAAAGAAUUGGAAUUAUUCUCCCUCACGUUUUGGUAGUAACGACAACACCACUCAGCACUUUUCGAGAUUUCCGAAUAAACCUAGGAAUUUUACUUCGUCCUUUUCAAGACCUUCUAGUGAUUCCCCAUACAGGCCCUCACAACCUUUGAUGACUUGCAAUUAUUGUGGAUUUCGAGGCCACACCCAGUCUACUUGUCGCAAAUUUCAACGCCAGAAUCUAGAACAGGCACAACCCCCUAUUUGUUAUUCUUGCCGUGAGAUAGGUCACAAAUCUAAUAAUUGUCCUAAGAUAAGAGAACCAAAUAGACCUAACAUUCCAGGCCCACCUCAACGCCAGGGAAACCACUAGGGAUCAACUGUAGCUUCGGGUCAGUUGAUAUCGAGCCUCCUUUAAAAUCCCGACAAGUCGCAAAAUUAACAACCAUUACAAAUGAAUCGACCCCAAGAAUUCCAUUAAAGAUUUUCCAAAUCCCUUUACAAGCAUUAUUUGAUACAGGCGCGUCUAAAAGUAUUAUACACGAGAGAUUAUUUAAUAAGUUGCCCCCUAGAGGUCAAGUGAUCUGCAGUCAGCUUGAUUUUGAUUUAUACGAUGUAGGGGAGAGAAAAUUACACACACUGGGAAGAGUGACAUUGCCCGUUCGAUACGGAGAGUCAGUUUUAAGACAAGAAUUUAUUGUUACAAACGGUGUUACAGAAGACUGUAUCCUUGGAUGGGAUGCAAUCCAGAAACACGGAUUUCGGCUUGAUGGAGAAGCCAAGAGCAUUUAUUUAAAAAGAGAUGAGCAGGGCCCUUUAGCUAUCUCUAGGGUACCAGACAUGGCAAUUACAACGGUCAAAAAGACGACGCUAUUUCGUCAGACGUCGCUGGUAAUUGCAGCGCAAAUGAAAGGUUCAUUUCCGUAUGUCCCCCCUCAAACAGCAUUUAUAUUUACCCCAGAAGAAAAUUUGCCGGCAGGAAUACAUAUCGAAGAAUUCAUUGGAAAAGUAUCGGGAGAUGGAAUGUAUAAUAUUAUGGUCGAAAAUCAUUCAUUCACUGAAGUCAACAUACCAAGAAACGCUAAGUUAGGAGUAAUUGAAAUAGUUCGUCAAGUAAUAGGAAAAGUUGCUUUAAACAAAUCAGACCACAAACCUAACGAGAAAUCUGAGCCUGUUGUAAUUUCGGAUGUCGACCCGGAAUUUCAAGUACCGCUCUCUAAAUUAUUAAAUGACUUUCACGACUUGUUCGCUUCAAAAGAUUCAGAGUUAGGGAAUACUAAUCUCAUUAAACACACAAUUGAUACACAAGGACGAGGCCCCCUUCGACAACGCCCAUAUAGAGUAACAAACAAUCAAAGAAAAUUAUUAGAGGACAAAGUACAAGAAAUGCUUGAGGCGGAUGUAAUCCGAUAUUCACAUUCACCAUGGGCUUCACCCGUGGUAUUAGUAGAGAAAAAGAACGGCGAAGUUAGAUUUUGCGUCGAUUAUAGAAAAUUAAAUA